AUGACAGUUGAGUAUAAAAAAUUGAUAUAUCUUGUAUCAGCUCAUAGCUCUGGUUACAUGUUUAAAAUGGCUUCGAAGCGAGACUUGGUUAUGGAUCAAAAUCUGGUGCUAGUAGUGAAAGAAAUCACGCGAUCAGGCAAUUGUGAGACGCGCGAGGCGGUGCGACGGCGACCUCGUUUAGAAGGGAGUCGCUUGCAGUUAUGUAAAGUGCGAGGCGCAAGAGGAUGCAGGGCGAAUGUCGCGCGCCGGGCGCGGUGCACCGAGACGAGAGGCGCGGGGCCAGGGGCGCGGAGGUCGCCCGCCUCCCGCCUCGCCCUCCACGCGGCUGGCCCGCGGCACUCGCUGCCUCCUCAGUCUUCAUUGUGGGUCAGUCGUCGAGUGGAGCUUGUCGACGUCGGUCGGCACUCGAUCUGCUUAAGCGCGAGUCGCUGCGUGUACGGUCCGGUGCGUAUGGGAUUCGCGGGUGCGUUUGCGGCAGUUUUUAACGCCGAGCCGACGGCUGUGCUUGAAAUAGCGUGUGUUAUCAUCGUGACCUCGGCCGCGACGAGACGAGAUAGCGCGAGGUCGCCGGCACCUGCGCGCCGCCUCACACGUGCGCGACCAUUGCAGCCAACAAUUAGCGGUGCCCGCCACUGA